AUGAAAAAAAAUGCAGUUAUCCCGAAGCUUAUUCAAGCAGUUCCAAUCCGCCUUAUUUUUAGAAAACGUGGUGAAACCAAAGAGAUGCCCUGGGCAAUACCAUAUGAAAUGAUAAAGUUUGUUGACAUAAGAUCUUCAUCAUUAAUGUCGAUUCACAGCUUAAAACAACAGAUGGACAGUAAAGCUAGAAUAAAAGAUUUACUGCGAUAUAGGAAACUUGCUACAAUUGAGCAGGGAUAUGUAAUUGUGGAACCCUACGUUUUAAAAGAGGCAAUUGUUUUUGAUAAAGCUGACAUGGCCUUACUCUACCAGAUGAAACAAGCUGUUCAUGAUAACAUCAAUCCAUUUAUUGGUAUAUCGUUUGACAAAAAAUUCGAAUUUUAUGCAGUUUGGAAGCACUGCUUUCGUGGAACCUUAGCAGAUUUAAUGCUGGAUGAUGCUACAGCGGAUUCUCAAAGGAAAAAAAGUUUAGGUGAAAGUUCACCAGCAUUCGAUGAUCAGUUUAAGAGUGCUUUUGUUCGAGAUAUUAUUCGUGGGCUCGAAUGGCUUCAUUCAUCGGCUAUAGAAUAUCAAGGUGCCUUGACACCAUCACAGUGUUUAAUAGACAGCCACUGGAUUUUGAAAAUAUCUGGUUUCGGCUUAUCAAGAUUACUUUACAAAUGGAAAAUUAAAGGGAUGGUAGCGAAAAAAAAUGGGGAACCACUUAUUCCAAAUUCAGAACUUCAUUACUAUUCGCCAGAAAUGCGAAAAGCCUUAAAAACAUGGAAUGCUGGUCUCAAUAUCACUGGCAAACAAGGAAAAGCAGCAGACAUGUACAGCUUUGGCGUUAUUUUAUAUGAAAUCAUGUGUCGCCAAAAAAUAGUAUAUAUUGAUGAUAAAAUUGAUAAAACAGAUAAUACGGGGCAAGACAACGAAUCGGAAAUAUUUUAUGAGGCAGCUGAAACCUUAAUUCCCGAAUAUCCCGCAAUUCCGGAAAAUAUUGAUUUGCACCCCGAUUUGUCGAAAUUGAUGCAAAAAUGUUGGGAAAAAAAUUCAGAUCAACGCCCUGAUGCUUCCUUGGCAAGAAAAAUUACUGAUGCAACGCUAAAAAUGCAUGCAGAAUAUACGAACAAUUUGGAAAAUUUGGUAAAAGAGAGGACAAGCCAACUUGAAGAAGCACAGCAACAUGCUGACCGUCUUCUUUCAGAACUUUUGCCAAAAUCAGUUGCCGAUGAACUAAAAGUUGGGCGACGUGUUGAUGCCAAAACUUAUAAAUCUGCCACUAUUUUAUAUUCAGAUAUUGUCGGCUUCACAUCUCUAUGUAGCGAAAGUCAACCAAUGGAAGUUGUAAAUUUGCUUAGUGGUAUCUUCCAACGAUUUGAUAUGAUUAUAUCACAACAUAAUUGUUAUAAGGUUGAGACCAUUGGCGAUGCAUAUAUGGUGGCUUCUGGAGUGCCUAUUAAAAGCCGUCACAAUCAUGUUCGUGAUAUUGCUUCUGUAGCGAUUAUGCAGCGUGAUGUUCACUUUUUUCACUUUUCAUUAAUUAAAUAUUUUUUGUUUGGAUUUGAAAUUCCUCAUCGUCCUGGCGAGAAAUUGCAUUGUCGUUGGGGCUUUAAUACUGGCCCAGUUUUCGCUGGAGUUGUUGGUUUAUCUGCUCCAAGAUAUUGCGUUUUCGGUGACACUGUGAUGAUAGCAUCAAAAAUGGAAAAUACUGGUAUGCCAGAUCGCAUACAAUUGGCCUUAAAAAGUUAUCAGCUUCUCUCAGCAAGAUAUCCAGAAUUCAAGUGCUCAUCUCGUGGAAGUGUACGAAUAGAGGGUAUUGGAACACUUCUAACAUAUUGGUUGGAUACCUGUGAAGAACUAUUAAGGAGUGGUAGAACCGAAACGGAAGAAGCAGAUGAAGAUUGCGGCGAUAUGGAUAACGAUUAA